AUGUCCUCCGCAGUCGCAAAACAGCGCCUUCAGGCACUCAGCCAACAGCUAAUUGAGGGUAUUCCCGACGAGGGUACCUUCGAGGGCAUUCCCAAGAUCCGCCAUGUAGCCGGAGACUCGGCUGGACCGCGAGCGAAGGGCAAGGUGGUGAUUAUCACGGGCGCAAACUCGCCGAAUGGCAUCGGGCGUGCUAGUGCCCACCAGUUCGCCAACAACGGCGCCAAGGCAGUGUACAUCUGCGACUUUGCCGACUCUCAUCUUGCCACGCACAAGCGGGAGAUAGAGUCGCUGUACCCUGGCGUGGACGUGCAUGUGCGGCAGUUUGAUGCAGCCGAUGAGAAGGCCGUGACGGCCGUGAUCGACGACGCGGUGGCCAAGUACGGGCGUCUGGACGUCUUCUUUGCCAAUGCAGGUAUCGUGGGACAACCGAAGGUUUUUACGGAGAUUGACGGCGAGGGGUUCAUCAAGACCCUGCGAACUAAUACGGUGGGACCCUUCCUGGCUGCCAAACACGCGGCACCAGCUAUGAAAGUCACCUCGGCUGCAAAGCCCUACCCCAGUGGAUCAAUCAUCUGCACCGCCUCGGUAGCCGGCCUGCGGUCCAACGCCGGGUCGACCGACUACUCUGCGUCCAAAGCAGCGGUGGUAUCGAUCGCACAGACGGUGUCAUACCAGCUGGCCGGUACCGGCAUCCGCAUCAAUGCCAUCUGUCCAGGAUUGACCGAGACGGGGAUGACGCAGGCGGUGUUCGAUCAGGCGCGGGCACGCGGCACGCAGCGCAAGAUCGGCCAGUUGAACCCGCUUCAGCGGGGAGCUGUUGCCGACGAGGUGGCUCGCGUAGCUUUGUUUUUGGGCAGUGAUGAGAGUAGCUACGUCAAUGGCCAGGCGUGGGCUGUCUGUGGGGGCUUGAGUGCUGGACACCCCGUUGUGCCGGGUAAACUGGCAUGA